ACCACUCUCUCUCUCUCUCUCUCUCUCUCUCUCUUACACACAACAAAACACAAACACACUCAUCAUCUUCACCUUUUACAACUUACACAAAAACUCUCCACCUUUUCUCGGGUUUCUGGAGUUUGAGGCUUAUAAUAGUAGCUUUUAGGGUCCGAUCCAAACGAUUCCAACCCCUCGCCGUCCGAUUCCUCUCCUCACAAUCUCAGCCGUUCCUUCACCAUGUCUUCGCUAUUAACUUCGAACCCCUUCAGCGUGGUCGUUUCCGCCAUGCCAUGCUAUGUAGUUACUUGAACUCGUUUUCGUGUGUAAAAUUUUCAACUCCUGAAUCGAUCUGCGUUUAACAAAGCUGAGAUCUUUUUUGAUUUUUUGGCCCACCCAUGAUGGAGGAACGGAACGUGAAGAGGCACCGCGUGGUUGACAUGGUCCUUGACUGUGUUAUACCUUACAUCGACGACCCAAAAGACCGUGACGCUGUUUCUCAGGUGUGUCGGCAGUGGUAUGAGCUCGACUCGUUGACCCGGAAGCACGUGACGAUUGCUCUCUGUUACACCACCACGCCGGACCGCCUCCGACGGCGGUUCCCGCACCUGGAGUCGCUGAAGCUGAAGGGGAAACCAAGGGCUGCAAUGUUCAACUUGAUACCUGAGGAUUGGGGAGGUCACGUGACACCUUGGGUUAGAGAGAUUUCUCAGUAUUUUGAUUGCCUCAAGAGUCUCCAUUUUCGCCGUAUGAUUGUUAGGGAUUCAGAUCUUCAGCUUCUUGCACGCUCACGUGGUGAUGUGCUUCAUGCUCUUAAGCUUGAUAAGUGUUCUGGGUUUUCCACUGAUGGCCUUUACUAUGUUGGUCGAUUUUGCAGGGAAAAAAUUUCAUAUUAUGGAAUUCUCAAGAAUUUAAGAGUUUUGUUUUUAGAGGAAAGCUCAAUUGUUGAGAACAAUGGUCAAUGGCUACAUGAGCUUGCUUUGAAUAAUACAGUUCUUGAGACACUGAAUUUUUACUUGACAGAUAUUGCUGAUAUCAAAAUUCAAGACCUAGAACUUUUAGCCAUAAAUUGCCCCAACUUAGUGUCUGUGAAAUUUACUGAUUGUGAAAUCUUGGAUCUAGUGAACUUCUUCCGAUAUGCAUCUGCUCUAGAAGAAUUUUGUGGAGGUACCUACAAUGAAGAACCAGAUAAGUACUCUGCUAUGACGUUACCAGCGAAGUUAUGUCGAUUGGGUUUAACAUAUAUUGGAAAGAAUGAGUUGCCAAUAGUGUUCAUGUUCGCAGCUGUACUAAAAAAAUUGGAUCUCCUCUAUGCCAUGCUGGAUACAGAGGAUCAUUGUAUGUUAAUCGAAAGGUGCCCAAAUUUGGAAGUCCUUGAGUCAAGGAAUGUAAUUGGAGAUAGAGGUUUAGAAGUUCUUGGUCGCUGUUGUAGGAAGCUAAAAAGACUUAGGAUUGAAAGAGGUGAUGAUGAUCAAGGAAUGGAGGAUGAAGAAGGUACUGUUUCCCACAGAGGGUUAAUUGCUUUGUCACAGGGCUGCACAGAACUUGAAUAUUUGGCUGUUUACGUAUCCGAUAUAACAAAUGCAUCUCUGGAACAUAUCGGUGCUCACUUGAAAAACCUCUGUGAUUUUCGCCUUGUCUUGCUUGAUCAUGAAGAGAAAAUAACCGAUUUGCCACUUGACAAUGGAGUUCGAGCUUUACUGAGGGGUUGUGAGAAGCUUAAUAGGUUUGCUCUCUAUCUCCGGCGCGGUGGCUUGACUGAUGUAGGUCUUGGUUACAUUGGACAAUACAGCCAGAAUGUGAGAUGGAUGCUACUUGGUUACGUGGGGGAGUCUGAUGCAGGGCUUUUGGAGUUCUCUAGGGGAUGUCCUAGUCUUCAGAAACUUGAAAUGAGAGGAUGUUCCUUUUUCAGUGAGUAUGCACUAGCUGUUGCUGCAACACAAUUGACAUCUCUAAGGUACUUGUGGGUGCAAGGGUAUGGUGCAUCUCCAUCUGGACGUGAUCUUUUGGCAAUGGUUCGUCCCUUUUGGAAUAUUGAGUUGAUUCCUUCUAGACGUGUGGCUAUUAAUAAUGAUCCUGAAGAGCCUGUAAUUGUUGAGCAUCCAGCUCAUAUUCUUGCAUAUUACUCUCUUGCUGGACAAAGAUCAGAUUUUCCAGAUACUGUUGUACCUUUGGACCCUGCCACAUAUGUUGACGCCUAGAGUUGUAUAUAUACCAAUUUUUUGUUGCUCCCUCUUUCAUCAAAAUCUUGUUUGUAAGUUCUUGCUGUAUUUGUAGUUCAGGGUUUUUCAUUUUUUCUUUGCAAUUCUCUAGACAAUAAUAGUCUUGUAAUAAGCUUGUGUUUUCAUUUGUAAUUCAAAAACGCUUCUACCUACUCACGCAAUUUGCUACCUUUAAAACUGACGAUUCUC